GAAAUUACCCAAUCUCUUAGUGCAAUAUCUAGAUCUAUAAUGCAAUGAUUCAUGCAUGCACCAGUUUAAUAAUGAACAGUACCUGAAUAAGAAUAGAAUAUAGUACUCCAUACACUAUAGUAGAUCUGAAAGUGUUUAUAAAGAGACAUACUAGCUAGCUCAUGCAGGGAUCUAUAAUUAUAUUCUCUGCAUGUAUAGUUCUUGAUUUGUGUGGUAGACCGUAUAAGCAAAUUGUAGAGCUACUGUAAAACUCAAAGCUUCGAUUUACAACUGUAAUCAUAGAAGAUGUCAGCAAAUAAGUUGUGGUUGAAUGCAGUAUUGCUUACAACAUCACUGACUCUGGCUUGUGCUCAAAUAGACCUACAAUGCCCCAGUCAACCACUGACCAUUUUAAAUGGCACAAUAGCUUUCACUCCACUUUCUGAAGGCUCUGGACCAGUGGACGCCUCUUACAAUGCCAGCUUGGUCAGUCGGACGUGGUUCUCUCUGGCUAAUGGCUUUGUGGACAUCGUGAGGAAUGGAGGGCUACCAUAUGAUUUGAUUCUCCCAGUCAUCAACACAUCUAUUCAGUCUUCUCCAGCACUGUCUGAUGGAUUCGACCCUCUAUCUUUCUUACAAAAUUUUGCAAUGUGGUGGGCUGGUAUCCUAGCAGUCACGUUGGUAGGAGUGCUCCUUGGACUGUGCUGUUGUUUCUGUGGCUGUUGCUACUUGUGUUGUCGUUGCUGUGGCAAAUGUGGAGCGGGCCGAUAUCAAGUACAUCGAAAGAACAAUGACUGUUUGAUGUUCACCUAUGCAAUCAUUCUCUUGUUUAUCACCCUUAUCCUCUUGGCUGCAGCUGUGCUAUCGUUUUUCAGCAAUGAGCAGACAUUCCAAACCUUGAGCAACUUGCAAGUGACCAUCAAUAGUGUAACUGACAACACAGUGAAUUAUCUCACUGACACUUUUCGAGAGGUGUUUGAGCUUUUUUGUCAACUGGUGUCAGAUGGAGGAGUAGCAAGCACUAUAAUCAGCGAAGCAGAAGGUGUGAGUGAAGAAUUGGCCAAUACAGUGGGAGACAUUAGGGCACAACUUCAACAAAAUGGGGUUGGAAAUCAAUUGAAUAUUACCAGCCUCCAGGAAAUUAGAAAUCUUGCUGACAACAUCACCUCUUUUGGAAACAUUUUAAUAAAUACAACCGAAGUGCUUGGCUCGAGUCUACAGAGCAUCUUAAGUAAUCUGGGUACUCUCGCUCAGGCCUGCAUUGCAUCACUUAGUGCAGACACUAUUCUCUUGUGCCGGAGUGUUGUGAACCCCCUCAUCACAACAGUAGAUACUGCUAUCAGUGGAAUUCCUGAUGUAUCAGAUGUGAGAAUGCUAAUCACAGAUGUAGAAAGUGCUGUGGGGAGCAUCGAUGGCCAAAAUGCAGAUCAACUCGUGAAUAUCUUUUCACCUGAAGUUCAAAGUCAACUAAACUCGGCAAUACAACAAAUACGAACCAUAUCAAAUGGUACACUGGGCCUGGGUUUAAUCAGGCAAAUAGGAAGUCUCGCAAAUGAGAUCCUCAACAAUGACUUUCUCGCUGACCAAUGUCCACCACUAGAUGGCUUCCAAGCCUUCACAAGAGUUGGUCUGCCCAACUUCAAUUUAAAUACCUCAUUUAACAAUGGCACUAGUUCCCCCACAGUCUCUCCUGGGUUCUUUGAGCUCUCACUUGGUUACGUGAGGCAGUGCAUCAUCAAUGCUUCAUUUGAUUACAUCAGGAUGUUUGACACAUACAGGUAUGCAUUUGGGAUUGUUGUUUGCUCGAUGACACUGGUAACGAUUGGGCUGAUAUGGAUCGGUCUGGUAUGUGGGUUUGUCGGGUUCAACAAAGGUCGACUACCAUCAGAAAGAUCAUCACUGUCAAACUGCGGAGGCAUUUUCCUACUCAUAGGAAUUGGCACAGCAUUCUUGUUUGGGUUUUUUCUCCUGCUUUUGUCUGCCAUUUUCUUCUUCUUUGGAGCCAACUCUCUCAAGAUCUGCCAGGCAGUCCAAGGACCAGACUACGACCUGUUUGCUCAGACAAUUGACCGCCCAGAGGUAAGGGACACUAUUGAAGCUCUAACUGGAGCGUCAGGAAAUGCAACAUUUUCCAUACGUGACAUCCCAUCCAUUUCAGGUUUCUUCAGACAAUGUGAAGACGAAGAUACUGCCCUGUUCACUGCCCUCAACCUUGGAGCGCUUCUUCCAUUGCCCAGUGGUUCAAUUGGGGGUGCAAUACGUAGUGUACUUAACAUUACACAACUGCAGGCUUCUAUUGACUCGAGCAUUGCGGAUGCUGUUUUAAAUAUUGACCCAGCAAACCUCAGCAACGUGAUACAGGAUGGGCUGGGUCAACUUGACGCAAUCAACAUCACUAACGUCAACAUUACAGGCGUUGCUACUGAGAUUGAGUCAGCCAUUGUCAGAGCUGAUUUAAAUAAUAGCAUAGAGAAGCUGCGGAAUCUGAGUUCCCAAAUAGCAGCUCUUGGAGAAGAUGAUGUCGUUGAUAAGAUUAAUGAGCUCAUUGUUGAAUUCGAGAUUGUCUGCAAUAACGUUGUGCCUGUUCUGCUUAAUUCUGUUAAUGAGUUGGAAAGUUUCGUCGAAGAACUGGGGAAUAUCAAAGGAGCUUUGGGGGCGACCAUUGCCCCACUGGCCAAUCAGAUUGCAGAGGAGCUGGUAGACAUAUCUCAGCCCUUUCUCGAAGACUUUAUUAAUGGCACAGUUCGAGGUACCCUAUCGAGAUCGUUAAGCUAUCUAGACCAAUACAUUGAUCAUUUGGAGAGCCAGAUAAUUGCCAAUGUUGGUGGAUGCCAGCCUGUGUAUGGAGUGUACACACAGAUACACAAUGUGAUAUGCAGAGACUUUGUAGAUGGAUUGAAUGGUUUCUGGUGGUCGCUGGGUUUCUGUGCAGUGCUUUAUAUUCCACUGAUCAUAUUCGCUACUCUCGCUGCAAGCUUCUUCAGGGAAAGAGAAACACGUGGUAGACAAGAUCGUGACAACAAUUAUGAUAACGCCUAUCCGAUGAAAGCUUUCUGAACACUGUAUAAUAAGUAUAUACUUAGUGUAAUACACUUUUUAACACCUAUAUACAUAGAAUGAUAAAAUGUAGUGUAUAAUUAUUAUUAUUUGAGGAUUGUAUCAACAGUUCGUAAUUUUA